GUCAUAAUAGGUUUUCAAAUGGAAGAAUUAUUUUGUUUUCAAAAUUAAAAUGUGUAAAUAUUGUUUUUUAUUGCACGUUUAAUUAUUCGUUAAAUACCUAUAAUAAAAUUGUCUAAAAAAAUGAAAGCUGAAUGGUCGAAAGCGUUUAUAAUACGGCCGCGGGACAAUCUGCAAUCUCAUGUCUACAUAAAACAAAAGAAAUUAGUACCUUCAUACGAGAAUGAUCCUUGCCCAGUACCAAUGAACUGGCUGAUGGGCUGGGAGUAUGCGCGUAUUUGGCUGCGCGAGCGUGAUGAUUAUAUUAGUGCUCGUCUGCGCAAAUCCAAAGCGAAACGAAUUAAAAACGACUAUACUGCGUGGCUGGCAAAACGACAAAUUAAACCAAAAAAAGUUAGCUAGCGAAGUGUACCUCAUCUGAAAAUUUAAACCUGCAUCCUAUUGGCGUCAAUUUACAUACCUUAUGAGUGGAUUGCAAUGGUUGAUUUGCCCAAGAACAAACAAUUGUUCGACAAGGGCAAACUUUCGAAAUUCCUAAAAUUUGUGUAAGUUCAGGUCGGAAUGAAACCAAAACAAAAAAGCGGUUGUAUACCAAUUUCGAUUUCAAUUGUAUAAAAUUUUAUCUGUGUAAAUAUUUUCUGCACCACUCAGUUACAAAAUAUAAAAAGUGUAUAAAUUUUA